AUGUUCCAGCAUGCUCUCACCAAUGAUGCUGUUGUCGACUAUUCGGACUUCGUUUCCCACCUGAAAAAAGAUCUACAUGAGGCUGCUCGGAUUCUGUACAACCGCAAAGUCAGGGGCUCACCUCUCGUUGUUGGAGACAGAGUACUGAUUGCCAACAGAGGUGUGCCAGGGAAACGCAAGGUUGCGGACAAGUGGGAGUCUACCCCUUAUGAGGUCAUGUCAGUAAAGCCUGACAUCAAUGUCUACAGAGUAAAAGAUAUCCUAACAGGUAGAGAGAGAGUCGUCCACAGGAACCUGUUACUUUCUGUUAACUUCUUGCCCUGUGACAGAGGUGAGGACCUUGAAUCUGUACGCUCCGACAGUGAUGCUGCUAUUCAUGGGAGUGUUCUAUGCCCUGAUGUACCUGAUGUGGUGGAGGACAGUGUUGAGCGUACGGUUAAUUGGCUGAUGCAGACGGGCAAUGAUGGACUGCAUUCAGAAGAUAACGACUCACUUGAUCGGGCAUCUGGUGUUGCCCAGUCUGAUCCCCUCACAGUCGUUACACGCAGUCCAACCAGUUGCCCAGUCCCUGUCCACAACAUUGCUUGCUCAACUGUGGACCCCAGGGGAGACGCACAGCACUACAAGGACAUUUUGCCUCCAGACACGGAUGUGGCACCUUCCAGCUUUGUCUGUCCAGACAUGUCCCCUCUUCACGAUACCCUCACGGACUUAGCCCUCCCUGUUGACAAUCCCCUAGAUGUUGACGUCCCUGUGAGAGAUGUUCUGGAUAGUGACUGUUCAGACGCUUCCAUUCCAGGCUCCUUGCCUCAGGUUGUUAGUAUACAGCCUAAAUGUCGUGUCCUUAGUGAUCGUGGGUUCAUCAAACCUCCCAGACUUCUUGUUUGUGAGAUGAAUGACCACGCAGUAGAUGAGGCUUCUGUAUCCACUGUGUCAGUUAGUUCACUGAUUCAGUUCUUUUCAAGCACAUUUUAGGUGUAAGUAACAGGGUUAUGAGAGCAUUGACCAUUGAAGUGCUUGAGUAGUACUCUUGGGAUUGCAGGAACAGUGUCUAAAUUUCAUAGGUGUAAUGGGCACCUUUGAGUCUGUGUUUAGUUAGGAGUUUGAUCGCCUCCUUCCUCUACAUACUCCCUUUUAGGAGAGUUUUGAACUGAUGUAUGUGUACAGUUUUGUUCCUGCUAUUACACAGUUUUGUAUGCUUUUUACUUUAGUCUAUGCACCUUUUGUUUUUGUUUUUUUGUCUAAGGAAUUAUUCUCUUCACAUUUAGCAGGAUUUCAAGGGGGUGUAUGUAACGGGUAUAAGAAAUACUUAAAUUAUUGUAGGGAAAUUCCUGCUAAAAUAGGUGUUAUGGUUGUCCUGUGAUGGGUGGUUUUUAGCACCCCCUACUGGUAGGCUAUAAAUGUGACAGGAAACCGGAAAUUUCCCCACAGUCUGUUUAACUUCCUGCUGUGGUAAGUUGUGCAGUCCGCUUCUCUUCAAGAAAAGUACUAUAAAGUAUACUAAAAAGUUAACUCAAGAUUUAUUGUAAUAUGCACAGUCGUGCAGCAACAUUGGACAAGUUUCACCAUAGUAUUUUUGUUAUGUAUGUGUUGCACAGGGUAAACUAAAUUCAGUGUUGUUUUUACAUAGAUGUCCAUGCCAGUAGAGGAGCUUACCACAUCAUGUUUGUGCUCUGAACCACUCAUUUGCAGGCAGCCAAGGCAGAUGGAUGUCCAUUAAGAGUCAGUUUUGCUGGAGGUGUCUUCCUGUAAAAAGGGAGUUCUGCUUUCUCCUGUCACCACCCACCCGUGCAAACUCAGAAUGGGGGGAUUGAAACAACGUGAAGAUCGGAUGAAAUCUGUGGGCUUCCUUUGUCACAGUGUGUGGUGAAGAUGAACGAUCCAAAUGUAGAACAGCAUGCGGGAGGCAGUGGAUAAGGAGCAAACAAACUUCCAUGAUUUAUAAGACAUUGGAGAAAAACCUAGAGCACUGCUGAAAUGAAGAGAAAACAAAUAAAUUCAAAUAGGAGUCAGUCUUAUAAAAUGUGUCAGACAGGAUUCAAGAAUUGGUAAAACGAAAACAAAUGACAAAAUAAAGAACAGUUAACAAUGAGCAAAAGCUGUGUCUGUCAAACACAGAAUUAAAAAUACCUAAACUAACAAAGAAGAGAAAGAGUUUUAUUAAACUGGAAUGACUUGUACAGAAUGGAUUGUGAAUAAGUGGAUUGGAAUUUAUACCUAAUAGUACUAAUGUGAAAUAAGUUAGAAUGAACCCUGCAAAGGUACACACCUUUUUGUCUCAUCACAAAUAUUUAUGCAUUUUAUUUGGAUUUUAUGUCUUUGGCUAACACAUAGUGUUAUAUAAUUGUGAAGGUUUUUGUUUUACAAAUAAAAUUAUGAGUGUGGUGUGCA